UUGCUGUCAGACAGCGGAGGAAGAAGAAGAAGAAAAGAGAAAAGUGGAACCGAGCCACGGACCUCCAGCCAGAGAAAGACGACAUGUACCAGCUCCCGUCCACAUUGUUUAACCUCGUUCUGCAGAGACAUGAGGGGGGAACCAGUGAAGGACAGUGUCAUGGCAACGGUGUCGCUUGUUUUGAAGGAGGCCACAUGUACAAGGGCAUGUUUGCCAAGGGACUAAUGGAUGGACCUGGUGUCUUCACAUGGGCAGGAGGAUUGAAAUAUGAGGGGGAAUUUGUGUGCAACAAGCCCAUGGGUCAGGGUACCUACACUUGGCCAGAUGGCGGCUCCUACAAAGGAGAGGUCUAUGACGGUGUACGACAUGGGACAGGAACUUAUGAAUGUGCCAAAUCUGCAGUGACGUACACCGGGCAGUGGGAUCAGGGCAAGAGGCACGGAAAGGGUGAAGUGUUUUAUGACCAGAGUAAGACCUCUUGGUACAAAGGAGACUGGGUGAAGAACAGCAGAGAGGGAUUUGGAGUGAGAUGCUACCCCUCUGGUAACAUUUACUCUGGUGAGUGGAAGAACAACCUGAGGCACGGAGAGGGCACGAUGAGGUGGCUGCAGCUGGGGCAGGAGUAUGUUGGGAUGUGGCAGGAUGGGGUCCAGCAUGGACGAGGAACACAUAUCUGGAUGCUGAGGCGAACGGAUGGAUCCCAGUAUUUCCAUAAUAAUCGAUACACGGGGGAUUACGUUAAGGGUCAGAGGCACGGACAGGGAACGUUUUUCUACGCUGGUGGUGCAGUCUAUGAAGGAGAAUUGAGGAACGAUAAAAAACACGGGAAGGGGAAAUUCACUUCUAAGGACGGACAUGUUUUUGAAGGAGAAUUUGAGGACGAUCAGAUGGUGACAAACGAGUUGAAAGGUGCACUUCCUCUAUCAGGCAGUGAUUCAUCUGUGCUGGUAGCAGACAUGGCCCUGAACAUUGAAAGUCUUCUGGAUAAAAUCCCAGAGAAAAAGCGCAGCACUGAACGCAAGCAGGUGGAGUUUGUGGUGCUGAGGCAGGACGCGGAGCUGCGGUCCAUCUACAGUUUCUACUGCAGACUUGGUCAGAGCAGGUCCCCGGACAAGACCUUCCUGCUGUGCCGCCUGCAGCUCUGGCGCCUGCUCAAAGACUGCAACAUCCACCAUCAUGGCAUCACUCUGACGCAGAUAGAUCAUUUAAUGAAAGUGGAUUCCCCCACACAGAUCCACUCUCCUUAUACCCCCAUGUCGCUUACUAGGCUCCUCAGCUGUCUCGUGAUUGUGGCCCACCACAUCUACAAUAAAGACAUGGAGUCACAAAAAUACCUUCUGGCUUCCUGCUUCUCCAAACUGAUGACGGACGACAUCCUUCCCAAUGCCAAGAAUGUUAAAGGCUUGCUGUUCGGACGACCACACCUUUCAGCUGCGGCUCUGAACUACACGAGUAGGUGCUGGGACGUCUAUCAGGCUCACUGCCAGGUCCAGGCAGAACCCAGAGAGGACCGGACCAUGACCUGCAGACACCUGCUGUGGAUGUUCAAGGAACUUGGUCUGGUGGACAAUCACCUGACCACAGUGAGGUUACUGAAGAUCAUCAUGGCAGAGAGCCAGGAUCCCAACAACCCGUCAUCCUACCUGAAUCUGGAGAUCACAUUCCUGGAGUUUUUUGAAGUACUUCUGGGCUUCGCUGACAUCAAGUGUCAGUGGGUUUCUGAAAAAGGCCCGGAGGAGAGCAGCUCCUCGUCCAGUUCAGAUGAAGAGACCAGUGAUCUUUCCGAGGUGGAAGACAGCGAGAAAAUCGCCCCUACAAGCAGCCCUGCACACUCGAAAGAGAAUUCCAGCGAAGCAGCAGAAUCAUCUCCUGCUCAGGACAUCAUUGAGAGUCAACAAGAUGUCGAGACCAAAGUCUGUGAAGAACCUCAGUCUGCAGUUCACAGAGAAGAACAUAGAGUUGAGGAGAUGGAGGCCAACGACCAGACGAUUCAUCAGUUCUUCAACCACUUUUUCUUACCUGCAUUUGACCAUUACCAGUUAGUGACUAAACUCAUGGAGGAACAGAAGCUCUGUCAGAAGGUCCCGUUAAAUCUAUAGCUAAAUCCCAACGAGACAGGUAGUCUAGAAUUGUUUUUGUUGGGUCAGUCAACAUUUAGAGGUCCAACGCUUGAUAAAAUUGGUUUAUAUGCAUCAUUACAGUGGAUUUGUCAAAUUGUAACUUCAAUCUUCAUGAACCAAUUUUUAUGAAACAUGUGAAAAUAUAAGAUUUCUUCACUGUGUGCAUUAAACAUUUUCUGAUUUCAAAAUAUAAAUUGCAAAAACUUAUGAGUCAAAUCUAAACGGCAAUGCUGGGAUUAAUAUUACAUUUUGAAUCCACAUUAUCAUAGACAAAUUCCCAAUGCAGCAUGAGUACAGCCACCAGAUGGCAUCUUUCACCUUUUAUUCCACUUUAAUCUCUGCUUCUUGGAUGUGGAUCAUCUCCAACUAAGUCCCAAAAAAAGCUCCUUCACUGCAUUUUUGUUGCACAAACUUAUAAAGUGUGAAAUGUUGUGUUGUGAUACAGGCAGAAGGAGCAUUAAGAGGCUACAACCAAACUAAAUAUAUAGAGCCUUCAAUUACUGUAGUAAAAGCUAUGAGUUUUGCUGAUUUGUGCUUGGAUGUAAAUAAAGAGAACCGGCCAUUUUCUUG